AUUUCGAGUGUUUUCAAAAUGCAGCUAUAGCUGCAGGACAGUACCCUGCACGGUAUCCAGAUCGCCGUCAUUACGGGAGAAGAAUGUUUCCGCGCUUGGUACAGCGAUUACGCGACACUGGAAGUUUUCGUCGUCCUAAACGUCGCAGGCGUCGCAAUGGAAGGACCGAAGAAAACAUUAUCAAUGUCUUGGCUUACAUAGAAUUUGAUAGACAUGUAGGAACUAGAACAUUGUCUCUAGACUUAGGAAUAGCACGAACAACUGUUAGAAAUAUUUUGAAAGAUUAUAGAUUACAUCCUUACCACAUAGUCUUGCACCAGGCGCUAAAUGAACAAGAUUUCGGUAAUAGAUUAAAUUAUUGUCAAUGGAUGCUAGGCAUGCUUGAGGAAAACAUAAAUUUCUUAACGAAAAUUCUCUAGACCGACGAGGCUACCUUUAGUAGUGAUGGUAGAGUAAACCGUCAUAAUAUGCAUUAUUGGUCCGCUGAAAAUCCGCAUUGGUUAAGAGAAGUGCAGCACCAGGGACGCUGGAGC